AGCGUAAAUAAUAAAGAAGAUGUAGAUCUUAUUCCCCCAAAACAUGGUAUGAUGUAGUAAAAAAUAUUCUAAGACUUGAGACAGCUAAUGCAUCUUCAUUUUUAUUUAAUAUUUUGAUUGACAGGUUUUCAGAUGCAUUGGCUGCUCUUUGGCUUUGCUGUCCUCUCUUGCCAAGAAGAUUCUCUGUCUUUGGUCUCAUCAAAAUUUCAAUCUUUCCAACAUAACUCAGUUGACCAACUCAAAGCAACCCAAGCCAAGCCUCCCCUUCUUUCUUUGUCUCAUAGCAAUUAGCCCCUUCAAAGCCUGAAACUUCUAUAUAUUUAUUUUAAUCCCAUCUAAAUCCUUCUCUUUUACAAGCCUAAAGUUUGAUUCUUUUUUCAUCAAAUCUCUCAGUAGAUUCCUGAGUCACUAUCUUGUAUUGGUGAUUUUGGGUGUUACAAGUGAAACCAGAUGGGUACUUGCCUGACGAAAAGCAAAGACUCGAAGCCAACGCAUAAUGGGUAUGGAUCAGGACCGACAACUACGGCUGCUGUGCACCAACAAAGGUACCAGGAGCCUGUUAGGCCUGCACCAGUUCAACCCCAAUUCCACCACAUCCCUGAAAAACCAGGUACUCAAACACCUUGGAAGCCGGUGGCUCCAUCGCCAAGCCCCAAGCCUGUUGCCCCAAGGGUUGACACCAUUCUUGGUAAACCAUUUGAAGAUAUAAGGAUGCACUACACAAUUGGUAAAGAAUUAGGGAAAGGUCAGUUUGGUGUGACUUAUCUUUGUAUUGAAAAUUCAACUGGAAAGCAAUAUGCCUGCAAGACCAUAUCCAAAAAGAAAUUAGUCACGAGGAAUGAUAAGGAGGAUAUGAGAAGGGAGAUACAAAUUAUGCAGCAUUUGAGUGGACAGCCUAAUAUUGUGGAGUUUAAAGGUGCAUAUGAGGAUAAGCUAUCUGUUCACCUUGUAAUGGAAUUAUGUGCUGGUGGUGAAUUGUUUGAUAGGAUUAUUGCCAAGGGACAUUAUAGUGAAAGGGCAGCUGCUUCCAUUUGUAGGGCAAUUGUGAAUGUUGUCCAUGCUUGCCAUUUUAUGGGAGUGAUGCACAGGGACCUUAAGCCUGAGAAUUUCUUGUUGUCUAGCAAGGGUGAGAAUGCUCUUUUGAAGGCCACCGAUUUCGGCUUGUCGGUGUUCAUUGAAGAUGGAAAGGUGUACAAGGAUAUAGUCGGGAGCGCGUACUAUGUUGCUCCUGAAGUAUUACUGCGAAAAUAUGGGAAAGAAAUCGAUAUUUGGAGUGCAGGGGUUAUAUUAUAUAUCUUACUCAGUGGUGUGCCUCCAUUUUGGGCAGAAACGGAGAAGGGGAUAUUUGAUGCUAUUUUAGAAGGAGAAAUUGACUUCGAAAGUCAACCAUGGCCUUCUAUUUCAGAGAGUGCCAAGGACCUAGUGCGCCGGAUGUUAACACAGGAUCCGAAAAAGCGGAUUACUUCUACUCAAGUCCUAGAGCAUCCAUGGAUAAGAGAAGGUGGAAGUGCAUCAGACAAGCCUAUAGAUAGUGCAGUCCUUUCUAGAAUGAAGCAAUUCAGAAGAAUGAACAAACUAAAGCAACUUGCCUUAAAGGUCAUUGCGGAAAAUCUUUCUAGCGAAGAAAUCCAGGGUCUGAAGCAAAUGUUUGCAAACAUCGACACUGACAACAGUGGCACGAUCACCUAUGAAGAACUUAAGACCGGAUUAGCUCGACUUGGAUCAAAGCUCACAGAGGCAGAGGUGCAGCAACUAAUGGAAGCUGCUGACGUGGAUGGAAAUGGUAGUAUUGAUUACAUUGAAUUCAUCACUGCUACAAUGCAUAGACAUAGGCUUGAAAGAGAUGAACAUCUUUACAAAGCUUUUCAACAUUUUGAUAAGGACAACAGUGGGUAUAUCACAAGAGAUGAGCUAGAAGCAGCCAUGAAAGAAUACGGAAUGGGUGAUGAUGACACAAUCAAGGAAAUAAUAUCCGAAGUUGACACCGACAACGACGGUAAGAUCAACUACGAGGAGUUCCGCGAUAUGAUGAGAAGCGGAACCCAACACACACAACUCUUUUAGAUUUUAUACACGAGACUGGACUUGGAGAAAUCAGCUAAAAGGUUCCCCCCAAAUGUAGUGCAAAAUGACUUUCAAAGAGAUUGUGUAGGCAGUCAAUUACAUGACUUUCUCUGGUUUGGUUUUUCAUUUUGAAUGUAAUAUAUUCACAUAUGGUUUUUUAUCGACGGAUUUUGAGAAGAGAGAUUGUUUAAGAUAUAGAAUAUCGCUUCAAUUAUGGUUUCUCAGAGCUAGGAAAACUCAAACCCAUGAAUGCACAGCAUAUUAUGUUGAUUUCCAUUUGUUUAAAGUAAAUAUUGAACCUACCUCCAUGAACGGCCUUUUUCUUAUAAACUCCAUAAAACUUUAGCUUGAAAGGGUUUAUGGAAAGUUUUCAUAUGAUUCAUUACUAGUUGUUAUUUAUACUUCUCUUACAAGGUUUAGAUUCCAUCUUUGUUGCCAACAAUCCCUUUGGUGGGCAAUCUAUAAAUUCGACACGGGUUCUUCCGGUCGAACCGACCGGUUACCUGAUCCCACUCGGACAACAUGGUCAAGCAGAUAAAUCUAAACAUAAAGUUGUACAUGAUGCCCUUAUUUUUUUGCCUUAAAAUCACAGGUCCAUAGAUCAGUUGAACCAAUAACCAAGUUUCAUAGACCUUUGCAAAGAAUUCAAAUGACAAUGUUCUGAAAGCAAAUAAAAAACCCAUUUUUUAUUAAAGAAAUCCCAUAUUCCAUGACAGUUUAAAACCACCAAGGGUGUAUAAAUUAGAGAGACAGCAGCACUAGUGUUUUAUUUAAGCUAAUAAAGGAACAGUGCUGAUUUUUUUUUUUAAUAAAUAGCAACUUGGGUUAUCCUUAAAAACCAUGAAUCUUGAUUUGGUCUUUCUUGACGAUGCCGGCAUUAACGAGGAACUGCGACACGUUCUUGCGUUGAUCGCCUUGGAGUUGAAUGAUCUUGCCGAGCUCUUUGUCUUUAACAACGUUGCCGUUGCAACAAAAGUCCUUCUUGAGACUCUUGAGGAUUUUCUCGUAGCUCAGGUCAUGCCUCAGGCCUUGAACCGUCGUCAAGCUUUUCUUCCCGUUCCUUUGUUGAAUCCGUAUAUGAACAUACUCCUUGGUUCCAGUGCCACCAAAUUCCCCAGCCUCGGCGAAUGGAUCGAAAGUUGUAGGGAUC